AGGUUCAUAGUCUCCAGCAGCAGUAGUGGUAGGUUGAGAGGUGGUGGUGGGAGGAAGGUUUUGUGGUACUUCAUAAUCAUCUUCAGCUGUCCUUCCAGUCCCUCUCACUACAUUGUAGGCCUCAUUACUGGUGGUCUGGAGCUGGUCUGGAUCUCUGGAGUGAGGCCAUCAGUGGUAUAGAAAUCAGCUCACAGUGUUUCAUAUGGGG